AACGACAGGGAAGGGGGUAUGACACUGUGACGAGAGCAAUUACCAUCGCCGAUGUUUAUGUUGGCUUGCGUUGGCCCAUGGGUCAGCCACCGAGACGCUGACAAUCUCUCGCUGCAACGAACACACUUGACAGCGUCACCAACAACAUGCCGUCACCAAGCAUUUCACCAAUAGAUUCGACUACCUCGUCAUCCACACAAUCCACAACCUCUCGCAUCACGUCUUCGACAAGCUCAAAACCUCCAUUCGCAAGAUCAAGCAGUUACAGCCAUGUGUUCCCUUCAACCCAGAACUUGGUCAAUCCCGUCCCCGGUGCACCCAACCCACGAGGCCUCUCAGAAGAUACAAAAGCACUUGCCCGGAAACUACUCCAAAACCAGCCACAGUGUCCCGCAAUACAAGGCGAACGCACCAAGCUCUUUUCGAAUGGACUGCAAUGGCUGCUCGACGCAGCGACCGAGACAGAAAAAAACGCAGGCAGACCAGCCAGGCACUCAACUCGCGUAGCCCCUUUGACUGAAGACGCAGUAAGGAAGCUCGACAAGCAUGGUAGACAUUCUCGCAUCCAGGAGAUCAGGGAGAACGAGAGUGUAGCCAGUUCGACCGUCGACCGAGCACGAAUCGAUGCCUGGGUUUCAGAGACGGAUUCAGUCCAUCGAGGCAUCGUCGCUGCUACCAACAACAUUACGAAAUCAUGAAGCUCCCAGUUCAAAGGACGGUACCCACGUCAUCGCGAGCUGGAGAUACAAAACUCGACUACGCGGAGCCUAUACCCAUCUUACGAGCCUGCCACG